AUGCUCCGAGAGGGGCUGGUGGAUCUGCAGUGCUGUAAGGGCCGUGGGAGCUGUGCUGUCCGCGACACCGGAGUGCCAGAGGCGCUGUGGAGAAAGACACGGGUCUGUCCCGUGUCCCGGUGGGAGCUGUCCCGGGUCUGUCCCGUGUCCCGGGUCUGUCCCUGGUCUGUCCCGGGUCUGUCCCGUGUCCCGUGUCCUGUGUCUGUCCCGGGUCUGGCCCGUGUCCCGGUGGGAGCUGUCCCGUGUCCCGGGUCUGUCCCGGGCGUGUCCCGUGUCUGUCCCGUGUCCCGGUUCUGUCCCGGGUCUGUCCCGUGUCCCGUUCCCGCUCCCACGCCCCUCCGGCCCCGCCCGCCCGGCCGGGCGGGGGUCGGGGCGGGCCCGGCCCCGGGACGGGGAUCGGGGCGAGCAGGGGUCGGGACGGUCCUGGUGGCCGCGUUGGCGGUGCUCGGCUCGCUGCAGGUGGCCCGCGGCGCCGGGAGCCCCCGCGGCGAGCCCCCGCUGCAGCCGUACCCGCCCGGGCGGCACGGGCCGCGGCACGGCCACCGGCACGUCCGGGACUGCCAGCCCGUCAAGUACGGAAACGUCACGCACGAAGCGUGGCCCGGCGACAACAGCACGGCCGGCCCGGUGGCUGUCACCAGGACGUUCGUCUCGUACAUCCACCCGGAGGGCAGCGGCCGCAAGGUGAUCUACGGCCACUUCACUUUCGUGAGGAACCCCCUGAGCACCUUCUCCGUGCUGGAGCCCGGCGGCGCCGGCGGCUGCCUGGCUCAGCGCAGAGCCACUGUGGAGGAGACUGCCAAGCUCAGGAAGUGUCUGGUGGCCCAGAACGGCGGGUAUUUUAACACGGAAACUGGAGAGUGCCUUGGGAAUGUUGUGAGCGAUGGGAGGCUGGUGAGAGACUCUGGGGGCCUGCAAAACGCUCAGUUUGGCAUCCGGAAAGAUGGCACCAUGGUGUUCGGCUACCUGUCCGAGGAGGAUGUCCUGGAUCAGUCCAACCCCUUUGUGCAGCUCGUGAGUGGGGUGGUUUGGCUGCUGAGGGAUGGAGAGGUGUACAUCAACCAAAGCCGGGAGGCCGAGUGUGGUGACACUCAGAACACAGGAACCUUCGACAAGUUCAUCAACGUGAUCUCAGCCAGGACUGCAGUGGGACACGACCGUCAGGGCCGGCUGGUCUUGGUUCACGUGGAUGGACAGACAGAGUCCAGAGGGGUCAACCUGUGGGAAAUGGCAGAAUUCCUGAAGCAGCAGGGAGUCGUCAACGCCAUCAACCUGGAUGGUGGAGGCUCUGCCACGCUGGUCCUGAACGGGACCCUGGCCAACUACCCCUCUGAGCACUGCUCCUUUGACAGCAUGUGGCGCUGUCCCCGGAACAUCUCCACCGUGGUGUGCGUGCACGAGCCGGGCUGUGACCCGCCCGACUGCAGCGGCCACGGGCUCUGCGUGGCCGGGCGCUGCCACUGCCACGGCCCCUUCUGGGCAGGGCCCGCCUGCGACAGCCUGGACUGCGGCCCUGCCAACUGCAGCCUGCGCGGCGUCUGCAGCGCCGCUGGAUGCCUGUGUGACGCCGGCUGGACUGGCAGCAACUGCACUGAAGCUUGUGCCCCUGGCUCCUUUGGGGAGUCCUGCAGCCAGAGGUGCCGGUGCCAGCACGGCAGCUCCUGUGACCCCGUGCACGGAGCCUGCUCCUGCCCUGCCGGCUUCUACGGCACCAGCUGUGAGCAUGAGUGUCCCCUGGGCUGGUUUGGGCCGAGCUGCCGGAGCCGCUGUGCAUGUGACCACUCGUGUCCCUGUGACCCUGAGACAGGCAGCUGCAACAUCACCCUCCACGGGGCCCUGCAGGACCACUUGCACAGAGCUGGACAGUGUUUGGCUUCCCAGGAAAAGAGCAAAGAAAAGUUCUCUCUGUCAGAGAGCUGGUGGCUGUCCCUGAGCUGUGCCCUGGCCCUGCUGCUCGUGCUGAGUGCCCUGGGGAACGUGGGGCUGGUGCUGCAGGGCCGGCGGCAGCGGGACCGCGACUAUCGCUACCACCCCCUGAGGGACAUCAACGGGGACACCCCUCACAGCCCCACCCCUGCUGCCUGGGACCAGCACCAUAUCCAGGAGCCUGAGGACACUCAGGAGCCCGAGGACAGCCAGGACCCAAACCAGGAGUUCCUUUAGAAUCAUGGAUAGGAUGAGGUAUUUCACCCUGCAUUGCCCCUCAGCACUGACUGGGACUGGGGCUAUGCCCAUGGGGAACCUCAGCCCAAGGGCUGCCAUGGUGAGGCUGUGGUUUCCUUUCCUCUGCUGCCCCAGCACCCAGGACUGCAGCAUUAGGGGAUGCAGGACAUCCCCUGGAUGAGGGAAUUCCACAGCUGCAGCAGGAAAGGAGAUGGGCUGGUUCCUUCCAGACCCUAAGGGAAACAGGUGAGGGAUGUAAGUCACAGGCACCUCCAAAAGAUCCCUGCUCACUGAGCAGUGCUUUUUAAGAUGCUAGUUAAACUGCCUCUAAUACAAAGCUGGGCUUAAGGGUAUUAGUCAGUGUCUGCCCUUCCUUGCUGAGCUCAGAUUUUAAUCAGAAAAGUGACCAAAAGUUUGUUCUAAGAUGUUGAAGCAGGUGCAGCACCCAGUGCCAGCAGAGCCCUCCUCUCCCAGCCGUGGUGGCAGCUCAGGGGUGACACAUGGGGUGACACGCAGUCCUGCAGGGCUGGAGUGUUUUCUGACCAGUCCUCAGGCCAGAGCAGCCCCAGAGGGUGAUGAGUGCUGUGUGUUGGGGCAGCUCCUGCAGCACAGCACCAAAAAAAGCCCUCUUGGGUCCCAGCUUCCAUUUGUGCAUCUCUCCAGCUCCCAGGAGCCAAAGGCUCUGCCCAGCUCCCUGGGCUGAGGGACCCUGGCAUGGCACAGCCUGGAGCUGCCCCUGGGGAGGGACACAGACAGGGAGAGCUGGCAUGGCUGGCAUGGCACGGACUGGGCUGCCCUGCCCCAGCUGGGCACCCCUCAGAGGGACCAGCAAGGGCUCCAGCCCAGCCAGGAUCCCCAGCACCUCUGGGAAUCUGGGACACAUCCUUGCACAGUUCCAUUCAAACAGUGUUUGAGUUUGCUCCCCCGUGAGGGAAAGCAGCCUUGGACGAGCCCCUUGGAUGCUGCAGAGGGGUGAGAGCCUGUCUGAGCCCCACACAUCCUUAUGCACUCACUCCCUUUUUACCUCUCCAAGUAAAAGAUGUGUAUUUUCUCUGCCAGUGUUGGCACCAAAUCAGCCUGUAACCAAGAGACUAUUUUUCUAUGAUUUACAGAAAUUUAUUUGAAACUUGAAUAAAGUCUUUUAGUGCUA